AAAAAAAAAAAAAAAGCUGCUUUUUUUUGGGGGUGGGGAGGGAAGAAGGAAGAGGAAAUGAGGACUGUAAGCAUGUUUGCUGUUUGGAGUCGGGUAUAUCUCAAAUUUGUUCUCCUGCUCGAGUAACACUGGGAGUACAGAUAAGUGGCUUUUAAGUACAAAAUGUACAUGAACGAAAGCUGGAAAGAUUUCAACUUUGUAGGGAGGAAAGCGUUAAAUUGAUGGCCAGGGCACGCGUUUGAGAGCACUGUCGGAGCAGAUCUGAUAGACGCUAGCUACGUGCCUCUGCUUCAAACUAAUGGGGAUGGAGGAAAAAAAGAAACUGGUGGAAAAACCCCUACAAUUUGCAUGAAUGAUACCAUGUAAAAUACAUCGUAUCGAAGAGGGGAAUUGUGUUCCGCAGACGAUUCGUGGGCUGGCAAAACCCUGAAGUGCCUGCUUGCGUCCCGUGAUAUGACUAGCUCAUUUCUGCAGGGCUCAUCAGAAUGGUGAAUAACACUGAAGACCCUCAAGAGGCUUUAUAACGUCCCAUCCCCAUGUAAAGUAUGCUCAGAACUUUUCCAGUAGUUCUGCUGGAAACCAUGUCUCACUACACCGACGAGCCAAGAUUUACCAUAGAGCAGAUAGACCUGCUUCAGCGCCUGAGACGUACAGGAAUGACCAGACAUGAAAUCCUCCACGCGCUGGAAACGUUGGAUCGUCUUGAUCAAGAGCAUAGUGACAAAUUUGGAAGAAGGUCUAGCUACGGAGGUGGUUCCUACAGCAACAGUACCAACAAUGUCCCGGCAUCUUCCUCUACAGCCACAGCUUCAACACAGACCCAACAUUCUGGGAUGUCCCCAUCACCAAGCAACAGUUACGACACCUCCCCACAGCCUUGCACUACUAAUCAGAACGGGAGGGAGAGUAACGAGAGGUUGUCUGCAUUCAACGGGAAGAUGUCACCUACCCGCUACCCACUUGCAAACAGCUUGGCUCAAAGAUCAUACAGUUUUGAAGCUUCUGAAGAGGACUUGGACAUUGAUGACAAAGUGGAGGAACUGAUGAGGAGGGACAGCAGUGUGAUAAAGGAGGAAAUCAAAGCCUUCCUAGCCAAUCGGAGAAUUUCCCAAGCAGUUGUUGCACAGGUAACAGGUAUCAGUCAGAGCCGGAUCUCCCAUUGGCUGUUGCAGCAGGGGUCGGACCUGAGUGAACAAAAGAAAAGGGCAUUUUACAGAUGGUACCAGCUUGAGAAGACAAAUCCCGGGGCUACAUUAAGCAUGAGACCCGCUCCUAUCCCAAUAGAAGAGCCAGAAUGGAGACAGACGCCUCCCCCAGUCACAGCUACCUCUGGGACCUUCAGACUACGGCGAGGCAGUCGGUUCACAUGGAGAAAGGAGUGCCUGGCUGUUAUGGAAAGUUACUUCAAUGAGAAUCAAUAUCCAGACGAGGCAAAGAGAGAAGAAAUUGCAAACGCCUGUAAUGCAGUUAUACAAAAGCCAGAUUGGAAAUCUUGGGUUCACAGACUAAGACCUGCUGGAGAUCAUGCAGCAGGUCUUUGGAGGAGAAAAAAGUUAUCGGAUUUGGAGCGAGUUACCUCCCUUAAAGUGUACAAUUGGUUUGCCAACAGAAGAAAGGAAAUCAAGAGAAGAGCCAAUAUCGAAGCAGCAAUCCUGGAGAGCCAUGGAAUAGAUGUACAGAGUCCGGGAGGUCAUUCCAACAGCGACGACGUUGAUGGCAAUGACUACUCGGAGCAGGACACUUGGCAAGUACGCAAUGGGGAGGAGGAGGGAAGAUGUUCAGAGGGAGGCAGAGAAGCAGAGAAGGUAGAAGAAGACAGGAGGAUCUGCUCCAAACAAGCAAGUUACACCAUUCACGCCACACGCAAUGAUGACAGCACUAGCCAUAGUGACCAUCAAGACCCCAUUUCAUUAGCCGUGGAAAUGGCAGCGGUAAACCACACCAUCUUGGCAUUGGCCCGGCAAGGAGCCAACGAGAUCAAGACAGAGGCUCUAGACGACGACUGAUACAAAGAAAGGGGAGGGUCAAAGCAAGAAGUAACUUAGUUUUAGACGUAGCACCUUAGCAGACUUUCCUCAGUCCUUAAUAUGUGUUCUUACAGUAUAACUUUGCAGUUUCUUGUACGUCAGUUAGCUGUUAGGGUCUUGUUCUGUGAAGAUGGCAUGGUGCCCUCAGCCUUUGCAUAUACUCUCUCAGUAUUAAUUCCCAAUAAAUAAUCAAUCAACCAACCAACCUCCCUCUCCCAGCCCCAGUGGCUAGAAAAAUCUUGCUGCUCUGUCUUAGCAUUCAAAGUGCUUCCAGGUAUUUUAGACAGCCCUCAAUUACAAGUCUUAGGCUACACUUAAAAUCUUGGGAUACCCUUAGAGAUUGUGUUAAAAAAAAAAAAAAAAUAGUCUGUACGCUUUUCCUUCUCUGAGACUGAAAGGAUGCAAGCUGAGGUAGUGGCACAGGGUCGAUGGACACCAGAUCGGGAGUAUCAACAGAGAGUAAAAAGAACACUAGAAACCCCACUUCAGCAUGGGAAUAAAUGAUUUCCAGCUGCAAUAAGCCGUGCCUCACUGGUCAUACAGUGACUUGAUCUACCUUUGGGUGCUGUGCUGAGAAUGUCCAUUGGAAACACAGUCACAUAUUUCGGUUGAUGUUCAUAUAUUCAACACAGACAUCCUCUACUCUCACGAGCUGCGUGGCUUAGUGGAUAAGUACUGCCUUCUGCCUCUGGGACCAUGAUUGAAGCCAAGCCCUGGAUCAUAUGAAAAAUGAGCUGAAUGUCUAAUGGACAACAGUCCACUUCUCAAAACCACUAUUCGUUAUUUGGCAUGGCUAGCAGUGCCUGCUCAGAAGAGGUCUAGACUCGAUUGAUCUGUCAUUAACAAUACCACCUUUUAUUCUUCCUCUCGCCUUCUCUGUCCCCACACAACUCCCCUCCCCACUUUGCCACUUUCAAAAGCAAUGAUUUCCAGGAAGGUUAUUAAGGUCAUAAAAUGGGUGAGUGGAUUUUUACACAUCUGUGUAACUAAUGCCUGUGUCCCAACUAGCCUAAAAGGUUAUUGGAGAACUUUUGCAUCUGACCUUUGCUAGAUAACCAUCAUAGCAUAGUCUCCUAAACUUUUUUUGUUUGUUGAAAGGCAGGAGGAUCUCUUACCUGAGAAAUGGGGUGUGAAUAUUUUGUGUUCUCUUUACUCUGUCCUUGUUAAGAUGUGAGAAAGCUAUACUGCUACGAGCAAUUUAAUUAAUAAUUGGAAGCCAUACUGAUAAUGGAUGUGGUAAUAUUUGUAAAGCAAACCUACUUUAAGUAGCAGAAACUAAUGGAAUUGUUUUCCUUGAUCAUAUGUAGCACUUUUGUUACUUUUUUCUUAAAGAUAUUUAUAUUUGAUAAGUCUUUUUUUUAUCAUUUGAGAAUUCAAAAUACCAAACAGCAAACUUGCAUUGCAGAGUCACCCUGCGAUCACCUUGUCAUCUAGUAUCUAAAUGAUGAACUGUGUGUGCAUCUAAGAAAAUUACAUCUGCUAGUAUCGUGCGGAAAUGAUCUCCUGGCAUCUUGAUAAAACGAUAUGUUGCUGCCAGUAAGAGGAAACAUUUUGAUGGAAACGGCACGGGAAGUGUUAAAGACAGGCAAGACUGUGUUACAUUAAAAACAAAAAUUAAAAACCUAUGUAAAUUUUUGUAUACGGAUAUAUAAAAAUCUGCAUAGCGUUUCCUCAACAUUCCAUUUUUAUUUUGCCAGUUGAUGUGGGAAUAGCUUAAAAAGAGGAAAAUGGCUUAGUCUGAAGGAUGGGUUUCCCUUUUCUGCCCUCCGCUUUUAAGGUGGAGGAAGUGAAGGGAAGUUGUGAUUUCUUCUCUUGUUCUCAUCCCUUCCUCAUGCUUAACCUACCGGGUAGCAUUGUGAACUCCUAAAAUGUGGCUCCUCUUUUAGCCAGCCUGAACCCUUCAAGGCACAGGCUAACUAGAUGGUGUUUCCAUCUGUUAAUCUUGUGAAAGUUGCUUAGGUAAGUGUGGGGGAGAUUUUGUGCUUUCAGGGGGCACAGAGCUGGUAUCUCUUUGUCUCUGUAACUUUGAAGAUAUAUAGGUAGGGCUUGGCCUCGUCUUUCACUUAUGGAUUUCAUUGGAAAAUUUAUGUGCUUUCCUUAGAUAUAGAUCACUGGAGCAGAAUGAAGCCGUCUUUUUUUUUUCUGUUUUAUUGCAUUUCUUGAGUAGGCAAAUUCAUAAGUAGCAUCAGGGCAAACUCAGGAAAGAAAGGAAUUGGAUCAGUGACCAUUGCACCGUUGCAGCUUUUUUCUUAAUGUGUGUAUGAAUGUUUUGGUACUACGGAGUGAAAGGAUGGGUAGAGCUUUUAUUUCAGUUUUUGCAUAGGAGAAUGAUCGAGCAAACUGUAGCCUUAGUGGAACUUUACCUACUUAUUCAUUCCACAGUCACACCCCAAGCUGACAAGCAACAUCCACGAUUUAUAGUAAGGAGAUUUUAAUAAUCGAUGACCUCUUUACAUUGGGCUUGCCACCACCAUUUGUUCUGGCUCUUUCAUUUUAAAAAGAACAGACUCAAACUGUUGGACAGCUGCAAUUUGAAAAGAAAUAUUGCUUGCUAUGCCAUCUUAAAAAAAAAAGUCACUGUUUUGAGCAUUACCUUUUAAAGCAAUAGAGAAAAAUAAAAAUAGUGCUGGAACUUCUGUAUCCUGAUUGCAGUUCACGUGGUGCAGGAUCGAAGUAACACCCCUAAAAUUGUAUGUCUGUAACAUCUAAUGUAGAAUAAUCUGGUCUUAAUUCUAUUUGUCGCUGCCAGGUAGCUGCUGGUCUCAUCAUGGUAUUCUCUCUGAAGGUUAAACUGUUAGACCCCUUCUGAUCGACUGGAGGUUGGCAGAUCCUCCUUGUCUGUAGCUUCCUGGUAAAUGCCAGUUUUCUGUUUUCCCACAUCAUCUUCUCACUAGAGAAAAAAAAACGAAUUACUUUACUGGGGAAUCAGACACUUGGUUCCGGUUCCGUGGUGUCAGAGUUUGGGUUGCCGCUGUCUAUUUUGGCUUUUCUUUGACCAUUGAGAGGUACGAGGCAAAAGUAAGACUUGGUGCUCAUGGCUGCUUCCUUUAUUCUGAAAGGUCAAAAUUAACAAUUUGCAGUUGGCUAGUAACUCUUUGGUUUGGCACAAAUUGGCUAAAAUGGGACAGAUGCUGAUGUGAUGGUUGUCGGGAGAAGCAUACAUAAUCUGCAGUAAGUGAAAGAAUCAGAGAGCGCGUUCUGGAAUUUAGCCUUUGUUCUAGGGGGUUUUCCACAAUACGGUAGUCGUCUUUGUCUUUCUGUCUCUGGAUUUUCUUGAAAAUUAAGCCUCAUUCUUGUAGCAUUGCAAUUCAGUUGCAAUUUGUUGUAGCCAAUUGGAAUUACUGCAAUUUGUUCUCAUGUGGGUUCCCUUGAAGUCGAUCUGGUGUUAGACUGGAUCUACCUUUUUCUGUGAAUAGAAAAGAAAUUAUUUAAGAUGCUCCUUUUCUGCGGUGAGCACAGAUUGCUUUUAUUGUAGAGUGAGUUCUGGCUGUUACUGUGUCGCUCAUAAAGUCCUUAUACUUGAGUUGUUGUCUCUUACAGUCUUCUUAAAACAACAGUUUCUACCUCCACUUCUUUUUUGGGGAUGUUUUGGGGGGUUUUUGUUUGUUUGUUUGUUUGUUUUAAUUCCCCCACCUUUUCCCUGAAGUAUGAGGUCCCAGACGUUUGCAAAAGCAUUGAGUUGAUAAAAAUAAGUCAACAUAGCGGUGAUCAGACAUGUUCUAGAUGUUGAUGCCCUGGCAUCACAAAGACAUGUUCUAAAUGCUCUAUAAUAACCAUACGCAUUAAUAGUGUAAUCCCAUUACUCGUCUGUUGGAUGUGACCAAGUUGGUUGUGAGUCAGCAGGGCACCCUUGCAGUAAUUAAGGAAUCCCAUUAAGAAGAACCUUCAGGAGGUCAAGGGAAGUGGUCGGUCCCCUCCAUUUAUCACUUGUGGGACUGUGUCUGGAGUACUGAGUGCCGGGCAGGGCAGGGAUGAGUCCAUCAUAGGGCUGCUGAGAUGAGAGGGCUGGAGCACAUGUCAUGUGGUGGGAGAUUGCGAGAGCUGGGUUUGCUCAGGCUGGCUUGCGGGGCACCCUGUAUUAUGUUUUUCAGCUGCCUUGGGGAGGGGGGGAGUGGUUAGAGGAGACUGAGCCAGGUUCUUCUCAGAGGUCCAUAGCAAAAAGGUGAGGGGCAGUGGGCUAAAGCUGCAUUAAGGAAAAUCCCAGAUGAAUAUAGAGAGAAGUAUUUUCUUACUCCGAGUGAUAGAGCAGUGACCCAGCGAGGCAGUGGAAAUCCCAUCCUUGGGGAUAUUCAAAACUCGACUCAACAAGGUUGGGUUAGAGGCCUUCUGAGGCCCUUUCUGACCUAAAUCAUUCUAUGACUAUACAAACCUGCUCAGGUCAAAGUGUUUCCUAGUUCUGAUCUUCCUGUUGACUUGUUUAAAGAAAUUCUCUUUAAUCUGUUGCUGGUUGUUUGUUUGGGUUUUGGGUUUUUUUUUCUGUUCUGCUCUUCAUAAAAAGUUACCUUUCCUGUUCUGCUAAUAGAGGGGAGCUUUAUUUGCAGGGUCUGGCUCCAGGCUCCAAUCAAGCCAUAAGUAAUAAGUUUCAUUAAUUAUUUGCUCUGUUUACACAAUUCUUCAGGGAUAUUUGAAUUAUUCUGUUUAGCUCAUUGCCUAACAUCAGACUGGUUAACUUUUCCAUGUUUUCGUAAUGUUUGUGCUGUAGAUCGGUUUUUGCCUUUGUGUGUGAGGGUUUAUAGUUGUCUUGCUGCUGUGAGUGCAGGUGAAAACUUUCACAUAGCUGAACGUGUGAACAGGAAAAACCGUAGUUAUAAGGUAGAAAUUUUUGGUUCAGUACAUCAUUAAUCGGUGAUGAUCAGAAGCUGAAGGGGUAUGACUUGGAAGAAUCACAUUAUACUCACUUGGAGCCUCCUUUUCUUUCCUUAAAUGUUUCCUGUUGCCCACUGCUAGAAAAAAAAACAUACUUCGCUGGGCAAACUCGAGGUCUGGUUUGGAUGUUACUUUGAAGAGGAAUUGCGAUGGUGUUGGCUGAUACAGACUGGUGUGGGGUCACUUAGACUCCCAAGUGUUGAUUUCUGCCUUGAAGGAGCAUAAGAACAUGGAGAUGAGCUCAGCAAGAUUUUGAGUUCCCCUGUGCGGUAUAAAAAUUUCUCUUCACAGUGAGAUGCUGCUUGCAAAGUAGUGAAAGCAUUGUGCUGGGCAUCCCCUGGAGUAGUUGAGUCACCAAGACGUGUGGUAGUUGUCACAGGGUUUCAUAAGGGAACAGGUGUUAUUUUUCAUGUAGAUAAUACCAGCAGAGUUCGUGUAAGAGUUACCAAAACUCAACAUCGCUGCCCCUAAAGCACUUGAUGCAGGAUGUUGUUUCCCUGUGUGUAAUCUUAACUGGAAUGCAAAGCUGGAUUCACACCUCGCUCUGCCCAUUACUAAGAUUCUGUGAGAUGUUGCCCAUAGUACUGAGAGCUGUGAAUGUUUAGUAGGAAAAGAUUUUCCCCCCCCCUUCCUUUACCCCUGGAAUUCUGUUCAUUUUAGUUAAUAAUUAUCUUGGCAGAUGGUUUGUGUUGCUCCUCCGACCCCAGCUACAUCGUUGUACAGCCCUUGUUCCCCAGCAUUCAUCAGCUUCUUUCCAGUUCGUUGGAUAAUUACCAGCAAAUUCUAGGGAUUUUUUGUCAAAAUAAACUUUGCUCUUAUUUUAGACAAGGCUUCCCACCCAAGUAGCUCUUGCACUCUUUGAAGUUAUUUAACUUGAUAAUAUUAUUUUGAUCAAAGUCUUAAGCUUGUAGGCAAUAAUCUUGAGUUUGGUGUAGCUUUUAUCAUUUGGCAGGAAUCUUUGUUGGCAGGAUUGGUCUUGAAGACUGUGUUACGUGUCAGUGACCUAACGUGUUCACUAGACAGCUGAGGAUUUUGUGUGUGUGUUAGUAGCAGUAGUCAGGGUUGUGUCGUGAUCCCAGCUAAUUUAAUGGAAUGUUGCGGAGUCGGGCAUUUUCACUGUGAUUUCUUGGAAGGGCAGGCUGGGGGCCUGACCAAAAAGUACCUUGCGGUUCCCAAGAAGAGUUGCAGAGACAUUUCAGAAUCAAGCAUUCCCCCUUGGGCUUUUUUGCAGCUGGGGUGUUUACUCAGGAUAUUGAAUCAGUUAUUGGCCAACAGGCAUUUGGCAAGUUGAGACGUAUAGCCCUAAACCUCCGUUUCAGCGUCUGUUACUGUUGUCUAAUUUACGGGGUUUAAACCCUCCGACUAAAGAUGUUGCACAUUAAUGAAAGAAAGAGGCAGUCUAGAGAUGGCAGCUAUAGAUUUGAAUAUAAAAUACACAGAAAAUGAUUCUUCUCUUUUGUGAGAAAUGUGUUCGAACUGGAAAAGCGAACUUGGUCGUUUUGAGGACUAUCAGUAAGGUGACGCCAUUUGGAUGUUGGGUUUUGUCCAACGACUACGGAUGGAAGUCAUUUCAGUGGCAGCAGUGUAACAGAGAUGUGGGGAGGAAAACGCAAUCAUCUAGAGAGUUGUUCAUCAUUAACCUUGGCCUUAGGUUUUGUGACUUAAAAAUAGCCCAGAACUGUUUGUUCGUGCCUGGCUUCACGUCGGUGCCCAUUGAACAUAGGCAAUGUGCUAGCUAAGAUGAUAUCGGCACAAUUACAAUAAUCAAUACAAACAGCGCUCUGCUUUUCUUAAGGUUCUUUUGUCGCGCCCUCUUUAUGAAAAUUCAUAUCAUACUUGAGUUUAAGCUUGCUGGAAGAAGUAAACAAAUACAUUUUCCUCUUUCAAGAUACCAUGAUGUGCUCUGUGAUGCCUGCAGUGGCUUAUCAGUGUAGUAUCCAGGUGAUAAUAUUGACAGCUUAUGUCUCGGAGAUAGGAAGGGAUUUGCCGUGUUGGGUGUGGGGUUAAAAUUCGCAAAACGUAUUUCAAAUGCCCCUCUUAAUCGGGCUGAUCAAGACGACUAACUGGUUUGACCGCUGCAAUGUUGUGCUCUUCCCCAUUCCUUCCAGUAAGCUGUGGAGUGCUCUGGCCAACAGCUUAAGCACGAGUGAACUAAAUCCACUGAACUGGAGUGAACUGCGUGAUGGGCCUUUGAUGUUUCUGUAUGUACAGUGCAUCUUUCGCUCAGAUGGCUUGGCAGAAGGCGCUCUCUGCCAUUUAUUCGCUCUCUUCUCUCCGCUGUUAAAUGGAUGCGGGUGUAUUCUGCUGAUCAAAACAUCCAGCACGCUUUGGCUAAAGCCUUUCUAACUGCAGCCAGGGUAAUUGGGAUGGGUAGGAUAAAUGCAUGAGAGUAUGGCAGUAAAAGUGGUGGCAGUUCUUUUUGAAUGGCUGGGUGUCCUCCUGACAUGUAAUUAGCUGCUUUAGAAAGAUGUGGAUUGGCAUGGUCAUAAUUAAAAGGAUUUCUGUCUUCUCUGUGAUUGAAAACAGAAGUUCUUCCGCCCCCUAAUUCUCUUUAAUACCAGUGUUAUUAGUGACACUUGGAACACAGCUACUUUGUAAACUUAAAUAAUGGCCUGCUCCUAAUGGUAACUUACAACAGCAGGGAUUGAAACCGGGUUCCGUUUUCUAUGCAAAGCUGCUUCUCUUUCUUUUAUGCCACCCCCACCCCACCCCUGCCCCACUCAUGCAUGUAUUGCUUCUCGGUGAGUUUUAGAAACAGAAAGGACAUGCGGUGAUGUGACAGCGUGAUUACAGACUGCCCAGGGUUUUGGUGUAGCUCCUCUUGGUUUGUUUCAGAGUUGUAUUUUUGAGGAAGGUUAGCCAUGGUCCAGGACUCCGUGGAAUUACUCACCCUGCCCAAAGGCGGAGGGUGCCGACUGCACUGUUGCCCUCCGGUUCCUGAAGCAGGGAAUGUCGCUGGUUCUUCUGUGCCGCUCCAGGUUCUCCUUCGUGGUGUCUCAGUUUGGAAGCCUUAGCAGCAGUUGUCGCCAAGUUUACAACAGUAGUGUCCUCAAGCUGUCUGCUGUCUCCCCUUGCAGUUAGCGUGGUGUAGUGAUACAGUCUAACGUACCUUUUUCUUAGGAAAUCUCAAAAUAGCCGGCAGCUGGAUAGUUGGCUGGACUAUUAUUAUAUAUGGAAUUAAUAUAUGGACCAUUAAUAUAUGGAAUAGCUUGCCAUUCACGGCAGGAGAGGGUAUCUGGCGGUGACCUACAAUAACAUGCUAAUCUUUCUCUAGUAUCUUGCUAGAUUCUCAAAAAGCAUCUGUCAUAGGGUGUUACGUGCCUUUUUAUUCUGUGUUUCUGUGAGAAACGUUGCCUGUGGACCAGUCUUGCAUAGUGCAGAGCCUGUGCUCCCUUUUUGCCCCGAAGUUUCUUGACCAUAUUUUUCCAUACUGUUGUUCUCCUGUUGUAGUUACCAAUUAGACAACUUCCUGGAGUUUUUUGGUAUGCAGAGAGACUCUUUGUGAAAUUUAGAAAAAUUAGCAGGUUCUUAACACCGGCAGCUUUGCAGAAGAAGUUAGGAACUUCCUUAGGCUCUUACUUAAUCCUCAAGUUACUUUUUAGCUUCUUUGUACUGAAAUACUUGUCUAGAUGUCAUCCAGUGUCACUGUGGUUCAGAACAGACCUGUGGGUCGUGGGUACUUCAGUUCUUCCAGCACGGUUACCACUGGUGGUACUGCACUCACAGUAGCAAUGGUAGCACCUUUUUUUCUAGGACAUACACUUUUAGACGUUAACUUGCUGCUGUCACUGGCCUCAAUUCACCUUCCUAUCCGCCUCUCCCCACCCCUUCUCCUUUAACUAAUUAAAGUCUUCCAUGUUAUGGCAAGAUGGCAUAUGUAGCUUAAAUAACCCACCUCUGUAAUUAAGAGGUUGAUUUUAGCCUUCUGAGAUACAUUUUACAUCAUUUGAGAUUUAAAAAAUACAUUUUACUUACAAAGUUUAUCUGUCAAAUUGCUCAAGGAGGGCAAAGAGAUAAUGAAAGUAAAUUAUUAAUUAAUACUUCUCACCCAGUAUAUUCCAUUAAGAGUAUUAAGCAUAUAUUCCAUUCCUGCAAGCACGUUUGACUUCGGAUUUUUUUAAAUUAUUUUUUUUUUAAAGUCUGCCUGCCGAUAAAGUUGCUGGUACCUGUAUUUGACAGGACUGUAGCGACAGUAGUGAAAAUAUCCUUCAGGAGCUGACCAGGGCCAGGAACUCAGAAUAUCCACUCACUGACCAGACUUUCCUAUACCGCAGUACAAGCCAUUUCAUUUAUGCAUCGUGGCAAGUGAGCAGAUCUUUUCAAGAACAUAAGAGCGUAGACUCUCCCGUGAUGCAUUCACGCUUUUCUUCUGUUCAAAAGGUUUGAUACAAUUUUGGAGUGGAAGGUAGCAGCAGGAGCAUGUCCCCUUUCUGCAGGUUGGGUAGAGCAUUCUGAGUUUAGGUGGAGCUACACUGGGUUCAGAAUGGCAAAGGAGAAAUGUGAUGUGUUGCUGCGAAAGGGGGUGUAUUGCACAAACGUGUAACUACUACUCGAGAAGGGUACACACAUUGGAUGCUUUAUUGAUGAGAUAUAGUUGAAGCAGUUUAUGAAAUGGUCUGAAAUCUCCACCGUAUGUUUCCUUGUGCCAGCGUGUCUUCAUGGCACACCAUAUGGCAUUGCAAAGUUUGUUUAGAAGCUGUUACUGGGAUUUGAGGCAUGCGUUUGUUCGGUUUGUUGCAGAGGUAGUUGCCUGUCAGUUUAGCUAAACAUUUAACCCUUGGCACACAGCUACUCACUGGGCAUUAAGAGUAUUUAUUCUGCAGCUCAUCCUUUCGAGCUUUUCUAAGGCACAGUCCUCUUUCUCCACGUGUUUGGAGAAAAUAAAUACUAAUGAGAUGAGGGAACAGAUCCACUCAUUUGCAGAGCUUACCAGAGUUAACAUCAGUUGAGAAUCAGCCCCUAGAUUUCAACACUACUCACUUGUUAAUACUGGGAUUUGUAGCAGAGCAAGAACAGAACAGUCCUGAAGUUGCAUUGCCAAUAAUUGAGUUCACUGAAGUUGGCUUAAAAAUUAGGCUUCUGAUUAGGAGUAAAGAGUCAGUGAAGUAUCCAUAGACAUUAAGAAGGUAUCUGUACAUGUGUUGUGAAAACCCAGAAUUUAUUCCACUUAUAAGUCCAUUAGAUACAAAUGGUAAAAUUCAUAAAGAGUUAUGUGGAAAAGGCAGACACUUCCGAUUAGGGGAUUUAAAUAUUUUAAAUUUUUUUUGCGUUUUGAAGGGGAGGAUGGUUCAUUCAUCCCAUUGGAUGAAGUAGGUAGAACAGGGAGUUUACAUCAGGAUUGUGGGAGGCCAUCUAAUGUUUGGGGUCUCCUUAUAGGUGAUAGACUGGUCCCUUCUGGCCUUAAUUGUAAAACUAUGAUUCCAAAGAGGUAGACUUGUCUUUUACUCUUACCUUUAUAACCUGUUCAUAGUAUUUAAUAAUUUAUAGAGAUUUGAGUACUAGAGGGGUUCUCUGCAGUAAGAACUUCUUUAAAAAGUGUGACUUUCCAUCAGAGAACAUAUUGUGCCUUAUGUCUCUAAACCACGUGACGUUCCUGUUAUGUAUAGUAAAUAUCUUUUUACACUUUGUACUUCUGCCAUAAUGGGAAUCCAACAAAUGUAGUUUUGAUAACAGGUGGUUUCUGUAUGCUGCCGUAUUACUUAGGUUUGCUCCCGUAUCUUACCGAUUCCAUUCCACUGACACAGCGAUGCAUACUUUCAUACCAGUCAGUGCUAAGGUGGCUCUGGAACAGCAUUAUUCUGUCCAACUGUUAUUUUUUGCUUCUUACAUAAAAAUAAACACAA